UCAGUCAGUCAAAUGUUAGUUGAGUGUGUUAUUAUUUGUUUGUGAUGUAAUAGUUCCACGCACCAGGCUAACAAAUUGUUAAACUUAGUUUCGAAAGUGCUUGUAAAAGAAAAUAGGUUACUUGGUUUGCAGUUUUGCUCUAUGGAUUUUGUAAUAAUCUGCCAAAGUGCCUACCACUAAUACCACCUAAAUUAAAAUUGUGAACAUCCUGUUUGUGUAUUCGGUAACUCCUCUUGUUAGGUCCAUUAUUUGUUUAAUUUGUAGGUGUUAAUGGAAUCGCUAACUAACUCACAUACCUUUGACGACCCGCGGUGAUCAUGGCUGACACUGCUGCUGAAAAUGAGGCAGAUUCAGGCAGUGGUGUAGCAACGAUGCAAGCAACACCUGAUGGACCAUCAGUACCAGAGGAAGAUGCAGAACACAACGAGGCCGAAAGAGUGACUGGCUCAAGUACCAAUUACGAUUCCAGUGAAGGAACCAAUAAAUGCCCCAGAUGUGAUUUUGAGGCAAGCACCCAAGCAAUUCUAACCGCUCACAUUACUCAAACGCAUAGUACAAACGAAGUAGAAAUGGAGGUAGAAAACAAUAACCCGCCCCCCGAUCGGGUACAUCGAAAGAUAUUUGAGUGUGACGUUUGCAAUAUGAAGUUUUCUAAUGGGGCUAACAUGAGGAGGCACAAGAUGAGGCACACGGGUGUGAAGCCUUAUGAAUGUAGGGUGUGCCAGAAGAGAUUUUUCCGGAAAGAUCACCUUGCUGAGCACUUUACGACACACACGAAGACUCUACCGUAUCAUUGCCCGAUUUGUAACAGAGGCUUUCAAAGGCAGAUUGCGAUGAGGGCGCACUUCCAAAAUGAACACGUGGGACAGCACGAUUUAGUUAAAUCUUGUCCGUUGUGUAGUUAUCGUGCUGGUUCUAUGAAGAGCUUAAGAAUACACUUCUUUAACAGACACGGAAUUGAUUUGGACAACCCAGGGCCCGCUGGUUCACAGGCAUCUUUGCUAGCGGCAGCCGCCCAACAAAAUUUUGCUAUAGAUGGCACGCUCAAUUCUUUGAACCAAUUGUCUAGUAGUUUGUCUGUCAGCGUCACUGGAGCGAAUUAUAGUGACUCGGGUGAUUCCACGGGUGCGCGCUCAACUGAUAACGCUACGCCGCCAAUGCAUUUCCUUACACCACAUGUGGAAAUAUCUAUGGCAGACGCGCCGGUACCUGUUUUUUCUCCAACUCCUGGUGAUCAACAAAGUGCCAGUCAACCCGUCCAAAGUGGAGAUUCGUCUCAGCGAUUAAACGGAGAAUGUCCUAAUUCUCCGCAGUCGGCCGAUUCUAACUCAAAUGCUCCCUCAAGCAGCCACAUUCAGCCAAGCUCUCUCAGAAUAGACCAAGAAACUAGUAUUACCCCGUCCAUAUCUCUAAUUCCUAUUAAGCAGGAACCCGGAGAAGAGUACGAUAUUUCUAAACGAAAUGGACCAGUAAAUUUAAGCACAUCGCCUUCUGGUAGUGUACAAAUGCAAACAGCAACUUCAAGUAGUCUUAGUUCUUUAAUUAAAGUGUCACCGCUGAAAAGUUUACUUAGAGACGAUUUGAAAAGAAAAAUUAUUACAAGAAAUAACUCGUCAGCACGAGGUAGGUCGACAGCAUCGCCUAAUGCCAAUUCAGAGCACUCUCCGAGCGAUGCUGCUACUACAACCAAUGGUACUAUAACUUCAACAGGUCCCGAACAACCGUCGGACUCUUCUUUAUGGAGGACUAUGGGUAAACGUUCUUUAAGUGGCUUACAAUGUAUAUUUUGUGGUAUAGGUUUUCCUGAUCAAACACUUUAUUUCUUGCACAAGGGUUGCCACUCUGAUGCAAAUCCUUGGAAAUGUAAUAUUUGUGGAGAGCAAUGUUGUAAUGUGUACGAAUUUAAUUCACAUCUUUUAAGCAAAAGCCAUCAGUAGAUAUUUCAUUAGCGUACUAUUCUAUUAAAAAUUAUAUUUACUUUAUACUAAUCGCCGGUUUAUGAAUCGGUACAGAAAUCUGUAAUUGAGUUGGUGUUUUUUCGAUUAUUAUGGUGAUGCUCACUAUAACUAAAUUUAAAACAAUAUUUUGGGGCCUUGUGUAUUUACAUACAACCUAUAGAAUGUUAUAUUGCAUGUUGUAACAACAUAUAAAUAAAUAUAUUUUAUGUAUAAAAUAUGCCACGAAAUGGUUUAGAAAAAUUCAGUUUAAGAAAUACCUGUAGGCAAUCACAAAACAUCCAAUGGUGGUUAAAUGAAAUAAAAUAACUUGAUAUGAAUAAAAAUAAUUAUUGUAACGUAACUACCAGUUGCAGUUGGUAAAAAUUUAAAUGGUUAUAUUAAAAAUGAGGCGUGGAAGAGCCCAUUCGGUUUUUGGGGAACGAUUUUUAGACGCACAUGGAGAAUUUUUGUACUGAAAAUAUUUCAAACGAAAUAUGGAAAAUAAAAUAUUUAAAUAGGUAUAGCUUUUCCUAAGGUCUCAGAAAAGGUUGUACAUUCAUAUUAUAAGAUCAGGUAUAUAUAUGCUCAAUUGUUUUUGAUAUCUUAAGGAAAACUAUAUAUCCUAAUUUAAUUUUUUAUUCUAUAAAUUUCAUUUGAAUUUUUUUUAUCAUGAAAACUCUCCGUGACCAUAGAAAUAAUUUCCUAGAAAGUGAUGUGGGUUUCACAUUUCACUAUCAAAAUAUAAUCACUUUAAUUUUUAGAAAACUGCCACUGAUAUAAACUUAUUUUAUAUCUGGCAAGAUUCUUUGUUUUGUAAGUUGCAAAUGGAGUAAUCAAAAAAUGGAAUUUUGGAUAAAGGAUUAAUGAAUGGUUUAUUGUUUUGGACAUUUUUCAAAUCAGUCUAUGUACAAAUUUUUAUUAUGCCCAUAUCAAAUUUCUCAUAAAAUUAUAUAUUUUUAUCCCAGCGUUUAUGAGAGAUGUACAAAUACUAAGUGCCAUUUUUCUGAUAAAAAUAAAUAAAAUAAAAUUCAGUUCUUGUAACCACUUUGUAUAGAAACUAUUUUUGUUUGUGCCUCAUUUUUUUCACAUGGCAAAAUACCCAAAUAAACAGAAAAAACUAAGAUUAUGCCACAAACAAAUUUGUUGCAGGUAAUUAAGUGAAAUAAAUAUUUUAAAAAAUUCAUAGCCACUAUUGGAUGUUUAAAUUGAUCUGGAAUCAAUGAGAGGAUAUUGCAUGUCAUUCUAGAAAUUUACUUUCUAUGUAAAUUAUAUUUGAUAAAUGAAUAUAAUUAUUUUGAAAAAUUAGAGAUAUACAGGGUGGUUCGUAAAUGAUCCCAAAAUAUGAUGUUUUAACGUAAUUUUCCAAGUUGCUUCGUUUUGGUGCUAAAUGGUAAAUAAAUGGCUAAAUGGUAUUAAACUUAGUAAAAAAUUGUUGUAUUUUUCCAUAUAAUUUUAAAUUGUUUUGAUUCAUUUAAUUGAAAUUUAAAGUGCUAGUGCUGGUACUUUAUAUAGAUGUGACUCUGAAAUAGUAAUACUGCAAUCAACAACCAUUUGGGAGCAAAACCUCUAUUGCCAACCUUGAAAUGUAAGAUUGAAUUUUCAAUAUAUUUUCGUGCAAUAAAUUUCACAUAACCUAAUAUUUUGGUCUUUAGAUAUUACAGUAAUUAAAUUUUGACAUUCUUUGUAUAUAAAUGGCACAAACUAACUUAUGUUAAAUUUAUUUCCCUAGCGAUUUUAGUAGUCAUUGCAGUCAAGUCAUUGCAUUAUCGCCUAUAUUAUGGCCCUAUUUAGAAAUAAACUAUUUUUUCCCCUACUUUAAGAUCAUCUAGCGGCUAAACCAAGCAAUUUGGUAUAAAAGUAAAUUGCGAUAAAAACCUAUCCUGCCGUGUCGGUUCAUUUACAAAUUACCCUUUGGACCACCAUACAAAAUUAACUUUGUAAAAUUAUACGAAACUUUUUAUAUAAACUAUUAUAGUUAUAUAUAUUUCACAUUCCAAUUUUUUAUUUUUAUACAAAAACUAUAGAUUGAUAAAAAUUCUUUAUAUAUUUAUGACCGUACUCAAUUUUAGUGAUUUAUAUGAGAAUAUUCAAUCAGAUAUUCUUUGAAAUGAUAACAGUAACAUUUUUCUGGUAAGGAUUGUCUGUGAAGUAAAAAUUAUUUUAAAAUAAUUUGGAUACAUAAUUUGCAUUUUAUAUUUGUUACAACUAAUAAUUUUAUAAAUUGAUUGGAUUUUCAGAUAUUUAUUCAGUAAUCAAUACUACUGAAAAUGUUAUGACUAUCCUAAACACAUUUUCGUUAGAAUUAUAGUUGUUGUCGUAAAAACUUUAUGAAGAAAAAUUAAAUCAAAACCAAUUGUGAUAAAUUAUUGUUGACAAUUUAAUUCUUGUUAAAUAUUUAUAUGGACAAUGUAUAUACUACAUUUUGAAUUACAUACCUUUUUUGUUAAUGAUAAUUAUAUUAAGAAUAAUUACACAUGCAUUUUUAAAGAAACCAUUUCAAAAGGUGAAGUAGGCUUUUUAAUAACUAUAGAAUCAACACUAUUUACUUUCAACUGUUCAACUCUCAGUGGUCAAUUUUUUAAUGUCUACUUUGUUAAAUGCUAAACUAAUUCUAAUUUCACUUUAAUAAAAUUAUUAUUAAUUAUUAUCGUAUGGUUUGUAAAUGUGGUGUUGAUUUUAUAGAUCUUAAAUUUUUGUUUAAAUAAGUGCCUGCAAACAUGCCUUGAAACAAUCAUUCUAAUCUGAAAUUUGCUCUAAAAAGUCCGUCCAUUGUUGAAAAAUAAUAUAGGUAUAUAUUAUAUUUAAAUAUAAAUAUUUCAUAUUGCUAGAUAAUACAUGUUUCUAGUAUAUAGUUAGAAGAGCAAAGUUUAAGGUUUGUUAAUAUCAAAUAGGUUUAGUGAUUUUUGUAUACAUUCCAAUGAAUAUAUUUUUCUUCAAAAAAAAAAAUGUUAAAAAUUGUGUAACACACAGACUUUGAUAAUUCAAUUUUGUGCAAUAAUUUGCAGAGCUUAUUUUUUUACACGUAGUUCUGCUGUAAAUUAUUUUCCUUAAUUUCUAGACUGGCUGUUAUAAACAGGAUAAAGAUAUACUACUACUUUCAUCAUUUUUUUGUAAUAUAACUAUAUAAUUUUAUUCUUUGCCUUGUUAAGUAUUAGUAUAUCUUAUUAAUGGAAAUCAUGUGUUGUAAAUUUGUAAUUAGUUCGAUAGUCAGUGCUUAAAGAAUGCAACUGAUAACAGACAUACAUGAUUUUGAGGCAGUCAGUCUUUCCCCAUAAAAUCAGCCUUCCUUAUAGACAGUUUAAUAAAAACUAAAGAUUAUGUUAUUUAUGUAAUAAUUAAGUUUACACACUAAUAUUUUAUUUUUCAGUCAACUUUAUUCCUAGAAAUUAUAAAAAUGAACAUUCCUUAUUGGUCAAUAGAAAUGUGAUUAUAAAAAAUGUACCUACUUUUUAUAUUUAUUUUUAUUUAUACAUUUUGUAAAUCACAUCUUGUUAUUCUGGUGAGAGGGACAAAUAAAGUAAGAGUUUUAA